UCUGUCUGCCAUAUAUAUAUAUACACACGCACAAAUCCUAGAGAAGCCCCACCGAACCGAUUGUGGUUUCUGAUUAAUUUUAAGCCAAAACCUUUUGGGGCACUAUUUCUCUCUCAAAGAAUACACCAAAAAUUGUGUAUCGCCAUUGAAAAGCUGCUGCAGAUGCAGGCAUCACUCAUCGCCCUCUCUCCAAGCUCCCCCAGCUUCAACUCUUAUUCUUCUGGGAAGCUCGCUGAGAUUGCAGCUAGAGUCGUUCAAGAAUUCUCUAAUGAAUCCGAAGAUGACUCCACCCUUUUCUCUUGGAAGCCAGAGGGACUUUUGUCACCGCCAAUACAAGAAGGAGAAGAACACAAGAAACUCGGACGCGGCGAUGAUGACGAGGAAGAGUUCGAGUUUGCAAUUUUGUGUACAGAGCCGGACGCGUCGCCCAUUUCAGCUGAUGAGAUCUUCUAUAACGGCCAGAUAAGGCCAUUCUAUCCGGUAUUCAACACAGCGUUGCUGACAGACGACCGGGAAGAAUUAUCCAAACCAUCAUCCGCUGUCUCCGACAACCAAACCCCCAAACCCAUCAGAUUACCAUUGAGGAAACUCUUCAGUGAAGAGCGAGAAACGACGUCGUGCUCGUCUUCCGAGGCCGACGAGCUGGAAACUGUGCCUGCUGGGACUUACUGCGUGUGGACUCCAAAGAAGGGAAAGGAAACCCCCGGAAAGUGCAAGAAAAGCAGCUCCACUGGGUCUUCGAAGAGAUGGAAGUUUCGAGACUUGCUUUACAGGAGUAAUAGCGAUGGAAAAGAUACCUUCGUGUUCUUGACGCCGGUGAAGAAGAGCAGUGAAAGAGUAAUAGAGGAUGAAGGUAAAGAGAACAAAGAGAAAGACAAGGACGGGAAAGCAAUGGUUAAGGAGCAUCACGCGAAGAACAGAGCCCUCAAGGAAGAGGAUCAUAAACGGCGGUCCUUCUUGCCGUAUAGGCAGGACUUGGUUGGUUUUUUCUCUAAUGCUAAUGGGUUGAGCAAGAAUCUUCAUUCAUUUGGUUGAUUUUGUUUUUAUUUUUUUUUUUGUUUUUAUGAGUGAUUUUUUUUUUCUUCUUCUUUGAAAGGGAAUUACGUGAAUAUUAGUUUUUAAUUAAAAGUAUUUCUGUACUUGAUGUAAAUAUUCAAAUUUUACAUAUAAAUUAAUUUUUGUAGUUUUUUUUUUUUAAUAAGUUUUUAGAUGAUGGAAAGUCUCUGGCUGGCAAAUGUCAUUGAUUUGAAGGAUAUAAAAAAAUCUGUAAAAUCUUUCGAUCAAUCAAUAUUAUUUAUUCGUUAAUUUGGUGAGAAAUUGUGGGAGUCUCACAGGAUAAAGAUGUGAUACCUAAUAACUUUAU